AUGGCCCAUACAUUUGUGGCCUGCACAGGAGCAUAUUUGUCGAUCACCUCCCCUCUUCAGCUACUUGGCACCCCUCCUCCCUUCUUCUUCAGCCAGUCAGCUCCCCUCUUCAGCCAGUCAGCACCCCAGCUCCCCUCUUCAGCCAGUCAGCACCCCUCCUCCCCUCUUCCCCUCUUCAGCCAGUCAGCACCCCUCCUCCCCUCUUCAGCCAGUCAGCACCCUCUUCUGUCAGUCAGCACCCUUCCUCCCCUCUUCCCGUCUUCAGCCAGUCAGCUCCCGUCUUCAGCCAGUCAGCUCCCGUCUUCAGCCAGUCAGCUCCCGUCUUCAGCCAGUCAGCUCCCGUCUUCAGCCAGUCAGCUCCCGUCUUCAGCCAGUCAGCUCCCGUCUUCAGCCAGUCAGCUUCCCAGCUCCCCUCUUCAGCCAGUCAGCACCCCUCCUCCCCUCUUCAGCAAUUCAGCUCCCCUCUUCAGCCAGUCAACACCCCUCCUUCCCUCUUCAGCCAGUCAACACCCCUCCUUCCCUCUUCAGCCAGUCAACACCCCUCCUUCCCUCUUCAGCCAGUCAACACCCCUCCUUCCCUCUUCAGCCAGUCAGCACCCCUCCUUCCCUCUUCAGCCAGUCAGCACCCCUCCUUCCCUCUUCAGCCAGUCAGCACCCCUCCUUCCCUCUUCAGCCAGUCAGCACCCCUCCUUCCCUCUUCAGCCAGUCAGCACCCCUCCUUCCCUCUUCAGCCAGUCAGCACCCCUCCUUCCCUCUUCAGCCAGUCAGCACCCCUCCUUCCCUCUUCAGCCAGUCAGCACCCCUCCUUCCCUCUUCAGCCAGUCAGCACCCCUCCUUCCCUCUUCAGCCAGUCAGCACCCCUCCUUCCCUCUUCAGCCACCAGUCAGCACCCCUCUUCUGUCAGUCAGCAACCUCCUCCCCUCUUCUGCCUCUUCAGCCAGUCAGCACCCUUCCUCCCCUCUUCAGCCAGUCAGCACUCUUUCUCCCCUCUUCAGCCAUUCAACAACCCUCCUCCCCUCUUGAGCCAGUCAGCUUCCCUCCUCCCCUCUUCAGUCAGUCAGCUCCCCUCUUCAGCCACCAGUCAGCACCCCUCCUCCCCUCUUCAGCCAGUCAGCACCCCUCCUCCCCUCUUCAGCCAGUCAGCACGCCUCCUCCCCUCUUCAGCCAGUCAGCACCCUCUUCUGUCAGUCAGCACCCUUCCUCCCCUCUUCCCGUCUUCAGCCAGUCAGCUCCCGUCUUCAGCCAGUCAGCUCCCGUCUUCAGCCAGUCAGCUCCCCUCUUCAGCCAGUCAGCUUCCCAGCUCCCCUCUUCAGCCAGUCAGCACCCCUCCUCCCCUCUUCAGCAAUUCAGCUCCCCUCUUCAGCCAGUCAACACCCCUCCUUCCCUCUUCAGCCAGUCAACACCCCUCCUUCCCUCUUCAGCCAGUCAACACCCCUCCUUCCCUCUUCAGCCAGUCAACACCCCUCCUUCCCUCUUCAGCCAGUCAACACCCCUCCUUCCCUCUUCAGCCAGUCAACACCCCUCCUUCCCUCUUCAGCCAGUCAGCACCCCUCCUUCCCUCUUCAGCCAGUCAGCACCCCUCCUUCCCUCUUCAGCCAGUCAACACCCCUCCUUCCCUCUUCAGCCAGUCAGCACCCCUCCUUCCCUCUUCAGCCAGUCAGCACCCCUCCUUCCCUCUUCAGCCAGUCAGCACCCCUCCUCCCCUCUUCAGCCAGUCAGCACCCCUCCUUCCCUCUUCAGCCAGUCAGCACCCCUCCUUCCCUCUUCAGCCAGUCAGCACCCCUCCUUCCCUCUUCAGCCAGUCAGCACCCCUCCUCCCCUCUUCAGCCAGUCAGCACCCCUCCUUCCCUCUUCAGCCAGUCAACACCCCUCCUUCCCUCUUCAGCCAGUCAACACCCCUCCUUCCCUCUUCAGCCAGUCAGCACCCCUCCUUCCCUCUUCAGCCAGUCAGCACCCCUCCUUCCCUCUUCAGCCAGUCAGCACCCCUCCUUCCCUCUUCAGCCAGUCAGCACCCCUCCUUCCCUCUUCAGCCAGUCAGCACCCCUCCUCCCCUCUUCAGACAGUCGGCACCCCUCCUCCCCUCUUCGGCCAGUCAGCACCCCUCUUCUGUCAGUCAGCACCCUCCUCCCCUCUUCUGCCUCUUCAGUCAGUCAGCACCCCUCCUCCCCUCUUCGGCCAGUCAGCACCCCUCUUCUGUCAGUCAGCACCCUCCUCCCCUCUUCUGCCUCUUCAGUCAGUCAGCACCCUUCCUCCCCUCUUCAGCCAGUCAGCACCCCUCUUCUGUCAGUCAGCAACCUCCUCCCCUCUUCUGCCUCUUCAGCCAGUCAGCACCCUUCCUCCCCUCUUCAGCCAGUCAGCACUCUUUCUCCCCUCUUCAGCCAUUCAACAACCCUCCUCCCCUCUUGA